AUGAUACUUGGGCCUGUGUCCUACCUGGACUGCAUUGUCUUCUGCAUCCUGCUCGCACCGCAGCUCAUUUGGCGCGUGGGCCUGUUCGAAACGCUCGCAUGCGUCUUACGGGCACUGCCGUUCCUUAUUGUGGAACUUCCCACGGCGUUCAUCCGGGACCGGUAUCUUGUACGGCGCAAACACCGGUCGCCGUUUGUGCAGAGGGCAUCCCCCUUUGAAGACUUCGUCAUCCGCUGCGUGCGGUACGCGUUUACCAACAUCCCACCAAAGGUCGGGCGUGUUUUCUUCUCCAAGCAGGUAGCGCGCCCGUUUCUCCGCUUCCGCAUGCUCCGGCAUGGCUACCUGCGGCCCCCCAUCUCUUGGAGUGAGCACGAAGGCGACUCAUUCAGGGGCAUCUGGCUCAUUAGAAAUCCCGAAGAGAGUCCUGACUUUGUUCUCUACUAUGCUCAUGGGGGUGGCUUCUCGAUGGGCUCAACCUACUUCUACCUCGAGUUUCUGUUGACGUGGCUGUCGGUCCUGACGUUAUCCGGGUAUAAGAACCCGGCCAUAUUUGCGCUGGAGUACACGCUUGUUCCGGAGGCGUCGUUCCCCACCCAACUCCACGAGACUAUCCGAGGCUAUCGACAUGUGUUGAGCAAGGCAAAAGAUCCCUCGAUUGUGUGCAUCGGCGGAGACUCGGCUGGCGCGUUGCUCAUCCUGAGUCUUUUGCUUCAAAUAGGCUCAAAGGAGGAGCUGAAUGGCACCAAGUCCCAUCACGAUGGCCGCCUCAUGAAGCCGGCGCUAGCUCUACUCAUUUCGCCCUGGGUGACGCUUGUUUCGCCCCGGCAUAGAAACACGAAGAGCGAUUUUCUCGACGUGCAGCAGCUUCAUCGCUACGGCCGGCAGUUCGCAGGCGGCAGUGUCUCGAUAAACGAGGCAGCUGCAUCGCCAGGCAGCUGCAAGGAUAAAACCUGGUGGAAGCGGUCAAGUCCGUCAGGAGGUGUUUUCAUCACUUACGGGGAGGAGGAAGUCUUUGCGCCUGAGAUAGACGAGCUGAUCCAACUCCUGAGAGAAUCAGGUGUCAUUAUCGGAUCCAAACGUGCGAGUGGCGGCAUUCACGCGUGGCCUGUUGCGUCCUUGUUUCUCUCGAGCAGCCGCAAGGAGCGACUAUACGGGCUAACUACUAUCACCAAAGAGAUUAGAGAGCGUAUCCCUCAACAGAAUCAGGGCAACUGUAGUGAUGAGGGUAUAGGUGUGCAUGUGUCAGAUUAG